AUGAAGUUGCUCAGUAUUCUUACGCUUGCCGUCUCAGGAGCGACUGCCCUCCUUUCGGAGCGUUCACCUUGUGCAAUAGAUACACAUGGGCCAUUCAAAUUAUACUCGGUAUCAGACGGCACAGAUGGUGCGGCGCUCCUCAACGUCGUGACCAUGGGUCCAGACGAUUCGGGCAAAAACACGCUCUCAACGUUGACUACGUGUGACACUUGCGGCAAGACUCCGGUGUACUGGACGCUCACCAAGUCCGUUCUUUCCCCAGUGUUCACUAUAAGCGACAUUGUUACGCAAAAUGCGACAAUAAACCUCCCUCUUUCCUAUGGGAAAGUCAACUUCAUCACUGGCAACAAAAAGGAUCUGAAACUCGCACCAAUCUAUUGUCUCGACAAGAAUACCACUUCCACGAGCACGGCGUCUCAUAUUCUGUUGGCAAACGGCCACAGCGACUUGUUCUCCAUCUGCUCGUUCAUUGGCACGAUAGGCCCUGCUCAUCGUCGGGACGUUUACUACAAUCAAACCUCAAGUGGUAUCGCAAACUACUGUGUUUCUACCAAGCUUGUCGCGAAGCCUCUCUAG